AUGAGAAUUAAGAGCGAAGUGGAGACCACGCAAACGUUUAAAGCAUUUGGUUGGGGUGAAAAAAGUGACGGCCAGGAAAGCGAAAUACUUCAAACCAUCACCCUUAACCAUUUAUCUCGAGCCGUGUGCACCAGGCACCUAGGUGUGAGUCUUAUUUCGAAACAGAUAUGUGCCGGUGCCUAUAGCGGAGACACCUGCCGCGGCGAUUCCGGUGGUCCAUUGACCAGCACUAUUACCGUUGGUAAGAGAUUCCGCGAGACGCAGUUCGGUAUCGUUAGCUAUGGCAAAAAAAGCUGCGAUGGACCGGGUGUGUAUACCGAUGUGACUAGCUAUGUGGAUUGGAUAGAGGCAACAAUAAAGACGCAUAACGUUGGAAAUGGGCUACAGACCUCAGUUUUCCAUCGGUCCGAUAUGGUACGAGAUACUUGGGUGUAUGAAGACUGCGGUGGUUCCACCAUAGCAUCGAAUUUGAGGCAUACAUAUUUGGGUUUAAUUUCCAAUCGAAAGGCGUGCUGA